AUGCUUACAACACCAAGGCGGGAUAUCGAGGGUAGGGCAUCACGGAGGAGCAGUCUGGCUCUCGCCCCAAAACGGAUCGUGGAUGACGCGUGCAACAGGGUCGACUCGGCGCAGAUGUACCACAACGAGCGCGAGACGGGCAAGGCCAUUAGUGAUUUUCUUGAGAGCGAGGCAAAUGUGCACUCGCUCAAGCGCGAGGAUAUCCACUUCACGUCCAAGCUCGCGUCCAAUUCUGCGUAUGAAACGGCUCGCAAAGCCAUCAAGAGAUCGGUCAAGGAAGCGGGGCUGGGCUACAUUGACCUUUUCCUGCUGCACUCCCCGUAUGGCGGCAAGCAGGCACGGCUGGACAGCUGGCGAGCCGUCGAGGACGCAAUCGACGAUGGCGAGGUCAGGAUUGGAGGCGUGUCCAACUAUGGCGUAAAGCAUUUGCAAGAGCUGCUCGACUCGAAGCCGAGGAUUGCUCCCGCGGUCAACCAGAUUGAAGUCCAUCCCUUCAAUACCCGCAAGGACAUUAGCUCGUUUUGCCAGCAGCACAAUAUUGUCGUCGAGGCAUAUGCCCCACUUGUUCGCGCCCUGCGGAUGAAGCAUCCGACCAUUGUGUCUCUCGCCAACAAGUAUUCCUGCACCCCUGCCCAGCUGCUGGUCCGCUGGAGUCUCCAGCACGGCUAUGUUGCGCUGCCCAAGAGCGUCAAGAAGGAGCGCAUGAUUGAGAAUGCUCAGGUUGGGGGCUUCGAGAUUGAGGCUGCCGACGUCGAGGCGAUGGAUGCUCUGGACGAGUACUUGGUGACUGACUGGGACCCUACCGACUGCCCUUGA